GUUUUUUUUGGCUGAGAGAAAAGUUCCUCUUAAACUUCAGAGGAUUUAAUUUUGGGGUUUUUUUGCCUCCAGUUACAGCUUCACAAUAAGCUCACUUGUUAUUGACCUGAGACGGAGAGGCACGCAGGGGCAGCUGAUUACCAGAGCUGUGUGUGUGUGUGUGUGUGUGUGUGUGCAGGUUAAAGCUCUACGUCAGCGUUGAUCCAGUCGAGCAGGACGACAGACAGACAGACAGACAGGAGGCAGAGAAACUGGACCUGCAGCUCAUGUUGUGUUUGUUCUGCUGCAGAUCGUCAUGGCUGAAACAAACAGAGUGACAGCAGGCAGCAGGAAGAAAUGGAAAAUUGGAGGUGAGGAGCUUAAACCUGCCGGCUGGUCCGAACGAGAUGAUGAAAGAAAUCUGGCAGUCCCUUUCAGAGGUCACAUCACAGGUGGGAUGCGUCCGGGGAAGAAGAUCAUAGUUUUCGGUGUUGUAGAUUCUCGUCCUGACAGGUUCUACGUUGCCUUGACUUGCGGUCGUGGUUCGUCCAGAGAGCCUCCGCCUGAUGUGGCUCUGGAGCUCUUCGUUAGAUUCAGGGACCGGCAGGUUUUGCGGAGGGCUUGUGUGUCUGGAUCCUGGGGCGACGCAGACAGAGCCGUCCCCUUCUUCCCCUUCAUCAGAGACCAGCCCUUCAAGAUCGAGAUUCACUGUGAACAAGGUCGGUUUCGUGUCUUCGUGGACGGACAGAAGCUGUUUGACUUUUACCACAGACUGACGACACUCAGCGACAUCGACACGUUAUGGAUCAAAGGCAGCGUCACCAUCACCAAACUGGCCUGAAUGAAACGAUGGGAAAGGAGAGACUGAUCUCAACUCUGUGGACCAUGAUUAGUUUUUUUUUUUUCACCUUUUCUGAUGCUGAAGACUUUAGAGGAGGUUCGCUUUCUUUUCUCUCUUUUUAUAUCGGAUGGUAAUUAAAUCACACUUGAUUUUUAUGGUAAUUAACAGCCUUUAACUUUCUAAAUGAGGCCUUCAUGGUGAUUACUGAUGCUGAGGUAAGUUCUUGGAUGUCUUAACUUUUUUAUUUUUACCUUUAUAGCUCGCCAACAUUUUUAUAUUAUUAUAUUUUAGGUUUUAUAUAUUUACCUAUAAUGCCUUUGCUGUUAGUGGGUUUCAUCUUUUUGGAAUGUGUUCCAGUUUGGUUCAUUAAUUUUGGGAAUUUUCCCAGAAUGUCCCACAUAGCUGCCAGUUAUUGUUAUGUAAAUAAGACCAGAGAUCGUUGAGGAGGAGCUCCUAUAGAAAACAAAACACACAAUUGUACAGAAUAUUUGAACAUUAUUUGAUGGUUCUUGUAACUGUGCCAUGCUUUGGAGACAUUGAAUGAACCACAGCUAUAACUGAAGGCACUGAGGUCAUAUUUUCUGAGAUUUUAGGGGGGGGUUUUGUAGCCUGUUGGCGUUAAAAGAUCACUCCAUCAAUGUAUCAUCAUACUCUUAUAAAAUUGUCAGACUCAUGAUUGACCCUUAAAAAAAAAGGAUCAUAAUCGAUGCAUGGUCUUCUUCCUUGUUAAAACUACAUUACCCACAGUGCCACUGUACAGGUUGGGGCCAUGCAUGUAUUAUAAGGGACCAUUUAUGCUCAACGGACGUACGAAAAUGAAUACAUCCGUUUCAAACCAUGUUUCAAACGAUGUUACCGUCACUGCUCUGCUCACGUACUUCCAUGCGUCCUUUACGUUGGCAUGGAUGUUAACCAAUACAUCCACCAGGGGGCAGCGCAGAGUCAAAAGUUCAUGACAACAACAAACUCAAAAACAAACAUGGCAACUGUGGAGGAGAUAUAGAUAAUGUUCCUCUUGCAUAAAAGACAAAUACGAUAUGUUUAAAGUUUCUAACCAACUCGCAAAACCUUUCCUCAAAA